AGAACACACCCAGUGACAUCAGUGAGGUUUGAAGAAGAAAAAAGUCUGAACUCAAAGUGUGCAGAGGAGGAACAAGAGGGCCGAAAGGUCCUUCCCGGUUUUCUCUCGGUUGUCAGUGUUUUUUUUAGCUCCGGAAACUUUUGGGAACCGAAGUGCGCAGACUGUGCGUAAACUUUGUACUGAAGCGAACCGUGGAGCGUUUCUCAAGAGAGGAGGAUGUCAACUUCAGACGACACAGACGGGCUCCGGCCGAGAUAUGGCUCCGUCCUGGAUGGCGUGGAGCGGCUCACAGCCGAGGAGAUGGAUGAGCGGCGGCAGCAAAACAUGGCCUACGAGUACCUGUGUCACCUGGAGGAAGCCAAAAGAUGGAUGGAGGCCUGUCUGGACGAAGAGCUGCCUCCCACCACGGAGCUGGAGGAGGGGCUCAGGAACGGCGUCUAUCUGGCCAAGCUGGGCAACUUCUUCGCCCCGCACACCGUCUCCCUCAAGAAGAUCUAUGACCGCGAACAGACGCGUUACAAGGCGACGGGUCUCCAUUUCAGACACACAGACAAUGUCAUCCAGUGGCUCAACGCCAUGGCAGAGAAGGGACUGCCAAAGAUCUUCUAUCCCGAAACCACAGACAUAUAUGACAGAAAGAACAUGCCACGCUGCAUCUACUGUAUACACGCACUCAGCCUUUACCUGUUCAAACUUGGCCUGGCCCCUCAGAUCCAGGACCUGUAUGGAAAAGUCGAUUUCACUGAGGAGGAGAUCAACAACAUGAAGAGCGAGCUGGAAAAGUAUGGCAUCCAGAUGCCCGCCUUCAGCAAGAUUGGCGGGAUCCUGGCCAAUGAGCUCUCUGUGGACGAAGCUGCAUUACAUGCUGCUGUGAUCGCCAUUAACGAGGCCAUCGACCAUGGUGUACCAGAGGGUACGGUGGCCGCUAUGCAGAACCCCAACGCCAUGCUGGUCAACUUGGAUGCUAGCUGUGCUCGCCAGUACCACGACACACUGUACCACGCCAAGGGAGAGAAGGUGGCCAACUCACGCAAACGGCAAAUGGAGAAUGCCGAGGCAGAGAGAGAUGUGUACGAUGAGCUUCUCACCCAGGCUGAAAUCCAGGGCAACGUCAACAAGGUCAAUGUGAGCAACGCCUUGAGUGCAGCUGAACAGGCACUGCUGAGUGGCGAUGAGAAUAAGCUAUACGAGGCCCUUAAAGGCAUGGGCAUUCAAAACCUGCAGGCCCAGAACAAAGGCUGGUAUCUCAAACAGAUGCAGGCUGACCGAGAGACUAAAGAGCAGGGGUCUCCAGGAGAAGCCCUGACUAAGGAUGAGUUGCAGAGCGCCGUGGACGUGGCCAAUGAGAUUGCACAGGGCUACCUAAAGAUGCUGAAGGCAGUGGAACGCAUCAACGCUGCCAUCAGGGCGGGUGUGCCAGAGAAGACGGUGGAGGAGCUGAUGAACCCCGAAGCUCAGCUGCCCGAGGUCUACCCCAGUGCUGCAGACCUCUACCAGAGAGAGCUGGUCAGCCUGCAGCAGCAGAGCCUAGAGGGCUCGCUGUCCCACCCCGAGCUGCUCGUUGCCGUGGAGAUGCUGUCUUCGGUGGUGCUGAUGAACCAGGCCUUGGAUGUUGGAGACCGGGCCGCCCUCUGGAAACAGCUGUCCAGCGCCGUCACUGGACUCAGUAACGUGGAGGAUGAAUAUGCGCAGAGGUACAUGGAUGAACUGAUGCGUCUUAAGGCAGCGGCCAGAGAGGAGGGCUGCGACUAUCUGACCUGGAACGACAUCCAAGCCUGUAUCGACCAAGUCAACCAGACUGUGCAGGAGGAGCAUGAACGUAUUGCCGCCAUUGGACUCAUCAACGAGGCCCUGGAUGAAGGGGAUCCCAUGAAGACCCUGGAAAUGCUGCAGAACCCGUCAGCCAAGCUCACAGAUGUGGACCCGUCUGUGGCUCAGCACUACCAUGACAAACUGCUGGAGGCCCGCCGGGAGAAGGCUCACGAGACCCAAGACCCGUCAGCUGUGCUGUGGCUGGAUGAAAUCCAGGAUGCCAUUCUGAAGGCUAACCAGGACACACAGGAGGCCCUACAGUUCUCGCAGUCCAUCCAGGCUAUCAAUGAGGCCGUGGACAGCGCUGAUCCAGCUCAGACCUUGGCUGCUCUGCGUAACCCCGGGGCAGGACUGUAUGGUGUCACCUCUGAGUGUGCACAGACCUACCAGGAUGACCUGGCCAAGAUCAAGGACAAGAAAAAGGCAGAAGGCGAUAACGGCAGUGAGUGGGUGAAACACUGGGUGAAAGGAGGACACAACUACUACUACAAUCUGAAUACCAAUGAGGGCACCUGGGUGGAGCCCGAGGGCUUCCUACAGAACAACUCCCAGCUUAACAAGGAGGACAUCCAGUCGGUGGUGUCCGGGGUAACCACAGCCUACAAUCGAGAACAGCUGUGGCUGGCCAAUGAGACUCUAAUUGCCAAGCUGCAAGCUCGUUGCCGUGGCUACCUGGUGAGAAAUGGCCUAAAGGAGCGGAUGAACUUCCUGAAAUCCCAAGAUCCAGCUGUUACAUGCAUACAGGCCCACUGGAAAGGCCACAAACAGAGGAAGGCGUUCAGAGAUCGUAAGCAGUAUCUGAAAGACCACACUGAUGAGGCCAUUAAGAUCCAGUCCAUGGUUCGGAUGCACCAAGCUCGUAAGAAGUAUAAGGAUCGCCUAAAGUACUUCCAAGAUCACAUCAAUGACGUGGUGAAGAUUCAGGCUUUCAUUAGAGCCAACAAGGCAAGAGACGAUUACAAGACGCUGAUCAACGCUGAUGAUCCCCCGAUGGCGGUGGUGAGGAAGUUCGUCCACCUGCUGGACCACAGCGACCAGGACUUCCAGGAGGAGUUGGAACUGAUGCGGCUCCGCGAGGAGGUGGUCACCAACAUCCGCUCCAACCAGCAGCUGGAGAACGACCUGAACCUGAUGGACAUCAAGAUUGGCCUGCUGGUGAAGAACAAGAUCACGCUGCAAGAGGUGGUGUCCCACAGCAAGAAGCUGACCAAGAAGAACAAGGGCCAGCUGUCCGACAUGAUGAUGAUGAACAAGCAGAGGGGAGGCCUGAAGGCCCUCAGCAAGGAGAAGAGGAUCAAACUGGAGGCCUACCAGUACCUCUUUUACCUGUUACAGACCAACCCCACGUAUCUCGCCAAGCUGAUCUUCCAGAUGCCGCAGAAUAAAUCCACAAAGUUCAUGGACUCUGUAAUCUUCACCCUGUAUAACUACGCCUCCAACCAGAGAGAGGAGUACCUGCUGCUCAAGCUCUUCAAAACUGCCCUGCAGGAGGAGAUCAAGUCAAAAGUGGACCAGAUGAAGGAGAUCAUCACAGGAAACCCUACAGUCAUCAAGAUGGUGGUGAGUUUCCACCGAGGGGCGCGGGGACAGAACGCACUGCGGCAGAUCCUGGCACCAGUCGUCAAGGAGAUCAUGGAUGACAAAGCGCUAAACAUCAAGACUGACCCGGUGGACAUCUACAAGAGCUGGGUCAACCAGAUGGAGACGCAGACUGGAGAGGCCAGUAAGCUGCCUUAUGACGUGACUCCAGAGCAGGCUAUGGCCCACGAGGAGGUGAGGACCAGACUGGAAGCCUCCAUCAAGAACAUGAAGACCAUCACCGACAAAUUCCUGUCUGCCAUAAUCGUCUCGGUGGAUAAAAUUCCAUACGGGAUGCGUUUCAUCUCAAAGGUGCUGAAGGACACCCUCCAUGAGAAGUUCCCAGAUGCUACGGAGGAUGAGAUGCUCAAGAUCAUAGGGAACCUCUUGUAUUACCGCUACAUGAACCCGGCUAUCGUGGCACCCGACGCCUUUGACAUCAUUGAGGUGUCGGCGGGGGGCCAGCUGACCACUGAGCAGCGACGAAACCUGGGCUCUGUCGCCAAGAUGCUGCAGCACGCAGCCUCCAAUAAGAUGUUUCUGGGAGACAACGCCCAUCUCAAUCCCAUCAAUGAAUAUCUCAGCGCCUCCUAUCAGAAGUUCAGGCGAUUCUUCCUGUCAGCGUGUGACGUUCCCUCUCUUGAGGAUAAGUUCAAUGUGGAUCAGUACUCUGACUUGGUCACCGUCACCAAACCUGUCAUCUACAUCUCCAUCGGAGAGAUUAUCAACACUCACACACUGCUGCUGGACCAUCAGGACGCCAUUGCUCCAGAGCACAAUGACCCCAUCCAUGAGCUGCUCGAGGACCUGGGCGAGGUUCCCACCGUAGAGUCCCUCAUCGGUGAAAAUCCUCUUCCUCCCGACGACCCCAACAAAGAACUGAUGGGGAAGACCGAGGUUUCUCUCACACUCACUAACAAAUUUGAUGUCCCUGGUGAGGCCAACGUUGAGAUGGACGCCAAGACUCUCCUGCUCAACACCAAGAGGCUCAUUGUGGAUGUGAUCAGGUUCCAGCCUGGGGAGACUCUGACUGAGAUCCUGGACUCAACAGCAGGCACAGAACAGGAAGCAGAGUACCAGCGUGCCAUGCAGAGGAGGGCCAUCAGAGACGCCAAGACUCCAGAGAAGAUGAAGCAGGUCAAACCGGUGGUGGACGACAGUCUGACGCUGCAGGGCAAGAAGGACAAGAUCAGGAGCAACCUGCAGAGGCUGGCAGAGCUGGGGAAGGUCCACCCCGAGAACCGCUAUCAGGACCUCAUCAACGACAUCGCCAAGGACAUCAGAAAUCAGCGACGGUACCGUCAGCGUCGAAAAGCCGAGCUGGUGAGGCUUCAGCAGACCAACACCGCACUCAAUUCAAAGACCACCUUUUUCAAUGUUCAGAUUGAUUCUUACAACCAGUAUAUCAAGACGUGCAUGGACAACCUGGCCAGCAAGGGCAAGUUCUCACAGAAACCAGGCAACAACAAGACGAAGAAGAGUAAACAGGUUUCACAGAAAUACACCGCCUCUCGCCUCCAUGAGAAGGGCGUGCUGAUUGCAAUAGAGGACCUGCAGCCCAACCAGUUCAAGAAUGUUAUUUUUGAGAUUUCUCCAUCAGUGGCUGUCGGCGUUUUUGAUGUGAAGGCCAAGUUAAUGGGCGUGCACUUGGAGACGUUACAGUUAGAAUAUCAGGAUCUCCUCCAGCUGCAGUAUGAAGGCGUGGCGGUGAUGAAGCUCUUCGAUAGGGCCACCAUCAAUGUCAACCUGCUCAUUUUCCUGCUCAACAAGAAAUUCUAUGGGAAAUAGAAAAAGAGAAAAGGAUAAAAGGGCUACAGACACUGAUUUAAACCACAACAUCCUCUUUGAGGGUUGCAGAAAGCCCUGACCUGAACCACCCUGGCUUUCCUACACAUUCCCUACUGCACUUCUCUCAUGUGCCUAUGCAAAUUUAUGUGCAUUAUUUGUUUUAAUUAUGUUGAUCACAAUAUGUGCUUUAUUCUUAAUGGAACGACUCGAGCCGGCACACCAAAGAAGCUCGCUGGAGCCUUAAUAUCUUUAUUGUCUGUAACUGCAGCAAGGUCAGAGGUUUAAGAUUUGUAUGUUUUGCUUUAAAUAUUAUGAUCUUGUGCAUGGGCUUUGAUUAAUUAUAAAAUGUAUGUUUUAUGUGAAGAGAUCAUGUUUUGUGUCUUUCUUAGCCAGCGUACUUUUCAGCAGGGCUGUAGUGUAUGAGACGACUCUUGUCUCCUCUGGACUAUUUCUGUGUUGGACUUUGUGUUGCUGCUUAGUAUUGGAGAGAAAAACUUACGUUUGAAAACACCGUUAAAGGACCAGUGUGUAAGAUUUAGAGACAUCUAGCGGAAAUUCAAAAGGCCCUAUCUAGAGCCAGUGAUUGGUUUGUCCGUUCUGGGCUACUGUAGAAACAUGGCGGACUCAGUAAAAGUGAUUCUUAUUUUUAGGACUUUAUAUACUAAUGAAAACAUCUAUGAAUAUUAUAUUCCAUUUCUGCCAAUAGAUCCUCUUGAAUGUUACAUACUGGACCUUUUUAAGGGAUUUUUCACACAUUUUGAUUUGAAUAGGAUUCGGCUCUCUUUGGAUUUGACCCACCUCAACCCACACUCAAAUACUCUGAUAUCUAUGCCAAGGGAACGUGGCAUCACACUUGGUUUUAGACACGAAUUGCAAAAAAACAAAACUGCCAUGCUCAUAUUGAGCUGUUGAACUCAAAACUUGAUUUUUUUAAAUAUAUAAAUAACUUUAGAAUCGAUGACAAAUUCAUAUUCACCACUCACAUCCAGUCUGCAGGCUGUAAUGUGGCUCCAUAGUCUUUCCUAUCUUUCUCAAUAAGUCUGGAUUGGACUGAGCUGGCCAUGACUACAGCCCUGGUGCUUUGAACUGACCUGCAGCUCACUUCUGCUUGUGGCUCUGACGUUCAGGGGAGACAUGGCACUCCUGCCAGCACACACAGCUGUGCAGAUGUGCUUAUUCACUGGCUUUCUAAGAUGGUUUACUGGAAAGGAUGUUUCUUUUAUAUUCCUCAUGGGCUGUUUAUCUUGUAUAACUGAAACACAGAUUAUUGUUACAUUACAAAAUCAGUUUAGUAAACACAACAUCAUGUCUUGUUUAUCUGUAAAAGACAGGACGAGAUCUAGGAGUGUGAGCUGGACGUUGAAUACAGAGAUUUUUAUGAUGUCUUAUUGAAAAUAGUUUGACAAAGUUGCCCUUAUUUAUAUUUUAUAUGUUGUCAGUCCACAUUAUACUGUAGUUGAUGUUUGCGAAACCUAAGAGAGAUCAUGUAAGCGAGCCUGAGGAUGUGCAGUAUUACAGUAACUAGACUUGUGGGUCCAGUAGAUGUCACUCUACACCAUCCAAUUGUUUUUAUUGUGUAAGAGAUUUACUUAUUACAAGACGCCUUCAGUUGAGAUUCCAUGCAGACCUUAUUGAACUAGAGGUUGAGUUUCUGUCUCAUGUAAAGUUGCCAUGAUCAGAGGUUAACACUGUUAUUUGAAACAAGUGAGGCCGUGCUCUCUGUACAUUAUUUUCUCUUUCACAGUCCAUUAAAUGUAUUUUACCUGUUAUAGAAUAAAGAUCUACAGAGGCA